AGGAUUCAACGUUCAGUUCGAUUCCAACCAUGAAGAAGUGAAGACAAAAAGACCAUUCUCUGUGUUAACUUUUCAUUGUGAUUAGUGAACAAAACAUGGAAAGUGUAAGCCAAAGAACGCCGAUACAAAAUUUUUAUGCUGGACAAUCAAUCUUUAUUACAGGAGGUACCGGAUUUUUUGGAAAAAUCUUGAUUGAGAAACUAUUACGAAGUUGCUCCGACAUUUCUACGAUAUAUGUGUUAAUACGUUCGAAAAAAGAUAAAUGCCCCGAAAGUCGACUAGACGAAAUGUUUGAAAAAACUAUUUUUGAUCGAGUAAGAAAGGAAGUACCCAAUUUCCGUCAAAAAAUCGUGCCGAUUCCAGGUGAUAUAAAUGUUAAAGACUUGGGAUUGUCAGAAAGGAACAAGAAAAUACUACAAAAUAAGGUAUCCAUAAUUUUUCAUAUGGCAGCGAAUGUACGUUUUGACGAAGAAAUCAAAGUUUCUACGUUAAUAAACAUUAACGUUACCGCUACCAUUUUAAAACUGGCAAAACAUAUGACAAACUUAAAGGCACUUAUUCACGUAUCAACUGUAUACGCAAAUUGUCAUGUGGAUCAUAUCGAAGAACGAUUAUACUCAUAUCCUAUUAACCACAAAAAUCUUAUUACGCUCACAAACAGUUUACCCGAAGAGAUGAUCCAGAAGAAAAUAUCCAAAAUUAUUUCACAAUGGCCAAAUACAUAUACAUUCACGAAAGCAAUUGCGGAAGGGCUUUUCCGAGUCGAAAACGGAGAUUUACUAGUUGGAAUAUUUCGACCUGCGAUAGUUCUAUCUUGUGCCAAUGAGCCACUUGUUGGCUGGAUGGACAAUAUGUAUGGUCCAGUAGGCACUCUCAUAUCUUCGCUUCUUGGUAUCACAAGAUUUCAUCAUUGCAAUCCCGAUGUCAAAGCAAACAUAGUGCCAAUCGAUUUCACCGUAAAUGCACUAAUUGCUAGUGCAUGGGAUGUUUUUAACCAACGCAGGAGAGGCAGAGACACGUUAAUUUAUAAUUUUGUGUCACCAAUCGACGGCCCUACGUGGAGUGAAUAUAGUACCAUAAUUCUCAGCGCCAAUAAGAUGUACCCCUUAAAUAAUUCUAUAUACUUGCCUUUUAUAAUUUUAGUACGACAUACAAUACUAUAUAAAAUUUGCAUAUUUUUUGGUCACAUUCUUCCGGCUUUCUUUAUGGAUGUUGCAAGCAUCUGUAUAAAAAGGAGUCCAAGAAUGCGGAAAUCGUAUUUGAAGAUUCAUAAAGCUACCAAAGCUAUCAAACCAUUCUGUACUAAAGAAUGGAGCUAUUCCACCGACAAUGUUCAAGCGAUGUGGGACCAUCUCAAUAAGAAGGAUCAACAGUUGUUUAACUUCAACAUGAUAGAAUUUGAUUGGACAAAAUAUCUUAUUGAUCACUAUAUGGGUAUACGCUUGUUUCUACUCAGUGAAAAUGAAAAUACUCUAGAAAUCAGUCGUAUGAAAUAUAAGAGAUUUUAUUGGAUACAUAAAAUAAUGAAAGCUGUGUUUAUCUUCCUUGCCAUUUGGAUUUUCUUCAUUAUAUUUAAGAAAGUGUUCGUAUAAUUUUUACAUUUGUAUGUAAUAUAAAAUAAUUGUACUCUAUUUAUUCUUUACGAUUUGCUAAUUUUUUGCUGAGUUUAAAAUGAAAAACUGAUAGCCGGAUUCAAAGUAGGAAACAUUUCUAAAUAUUAAUUUAAACAUAUAAAACAAUUAAAAAUGUUUACGUGGAUGCAGUGAAGGUUUUUAGAAAAAGUGUUAUUUUAGAUCGUAUUGAAUACAUAUAUACUCAAUAUGACCUAAUUAUGUUUUUCUCUUUCUCAUAGAGUAUUAAAAAAGUAGAUAAUAACGUGAUUCAAUGUUUCAUUUAUACGUUUCUUAACAUAUAAGAGUACACAAAGAACUAUUUUUGUCAACAAUCCAUUAAACAAACAAUUAACUUGUCUUAAUUAACUUUUCCUCUUUCACCGUGGCUUUUGAAUCGGAUUUUAGUAGGUAAAUUAAAAUUUUUUAUCUAUAAAGUAAUAAAAGUAUCGAAAAAACAUUACAAUGGGAAUGUGUGUACUUAUUAUUGCUAUAAGUCAUAUUAAGUUCUAUCUUACAAAAAAUGUUGUUUCUUUGAUUAUGAGCAGGAUGUUAUGACAAAAAUAUAAAUUUGUCGUGAGUGGCAAUGUCAUCGAUAACUUAAUAAAUAUAAUGUAAUAUUACUUUAUUUAAAUAUUGAAAUCAUGCGAUCGCGACUUCGUUGUACGACCAAUAUCGGCAACGCCGAAUAAGUAAUUAACCCAUAUACGAAGAGAGAAGAAAAGAAACGAUGACUCAACAAUGAGAAGAAUCAACAAAUAUUUAACCCAAUGUUCAAGCCAUGUGGGACCAACUCAAUAGAAAGGAUAAACCAUUAUUCAACGUCAACAUGAUAGAAUUCGAUUGGAUGAAAUAUCUGAUCGAUCAUUAUAAGGGUAUUCGAUUGUAUCUACUCAACGAGAAUGAGAAUACCGUAGAAAUCAAUCGAAUCAAAUAUAAGACUUGCGCGUGUAAUUGAGCCCAUCUUCUCUCACAGUUUUCAUCAAAAUCUUUGGUAUUCCAAAUAUAUUCCACAACUGCUGUUUUUUCUCUAAUAUAUGAAAAAUUAUAGUAACUUUGCAUGUAUUUUAGAAUGUGUAAAUUGUAUUUGAAGAUACAUAAAGCUACUAAAGCUAUCAAACUCUUUUGUACUAACGAAUGGAGCUAUUCCACCGACAAUGUUCAAGCUAUGUGGGACCAUCUCAAUAAGGAUUAACAAUUAUUUAACUUCAACAUGAUAGAAUUUGAUUGGACAAAAUAUCUUAUCGAUCAUUAUUCGAUUGUAUCUACUCAACGAG